AUGAAGUUCAGUCGGCCAGCCAACUUGAUUUCUCUUGCCACCGCUGCCGCAGCUAGCUCCGGCCUACAGGUUGAGACUUCCAGCGGCACUGUCAACGGUAUCAUUAACAGCACAUUUCCCCAUGUGCGUCAAUUUUUAGCAAUUCCUUUCGCGCAGCCGCCCGUUGGAGAUCUUCGUUGGCUGCCGCCUCAGGAGCUCCCGGAGAACUCUUCUUCGACCUCUAUUGAUGCAACUGCUUUGCCGGCCUCAUGCCCGCAGACUAUUUCUACCGGGGAAGGCAACCCAUUUGCAAAAUAUGCCCCAGAGACCGUAAUUUCUGGAGGCGUGAGCGAAGACUGCCUGUUCGUUAGCGUUUGGGCGCCAAACAAUGAUAAGACCGACCUCCCAGUAAUAAUCUGGAUUUACGGGGGAGAGUUUGCUGUAGGUGGUACCAACAUCCCUGCUUGGAUCCCCAGCCCCUGGGUUGAGCGUACACAGGAGCAUAUCGUUGUCAGCUUGAACUACCGUCUUAACAUCUUUGGGUUCCCUGCCUCCCCUGCUCUCGAGAACCAAAACCUCGGUAUUCUUGACCAGCGUGCUGCUAUUGAAUGGGUUCAGAAGAACAUUGCUAAGUUCGGCGGUGACCCCGACCAAAUCAUUCUUUGGGGCCAAAGUGCUGGCGCAGGAAGCGUCGACAUCCAAAACUUCGCUUACCCCGAGAACCCUAUUGUUCAGGGCUUCGCAUGCGACUCGGGAUCUGCCUUCCUCACCGUUGACACGCGUUCCACAGACAAUGCCGGGACCAACUUUUCUACCGUCGCCGGCCAUUUUGGCUGCUCUGGCUCCUCCCAGAACGAGCUCGACUGUCUACGCAAGGUUUCCUCCACCAAGAUCACGUCCUUCCUGGGGACCUCCAAUGGUUCCAGCCUGACUUUCAGUCCCUUCAUUGAUAACAAGGUCGUUUUUGAGAACUAUACUGAACGCUACCUGGGAAAUCACCUUUCUGAUAAACCAGCCCUCUUUGGAUCCAACUUGAACGAGGGAACACUUCUUGCUGGUGGUCAGAACAGUGCCACGGCCGAGGCUAUUACUCUUUCAACUUUUCAAUGCCCCGUCCCUUACUCUACUGCGUAUCGUGAGUCCCUUGGCCUCACGACCUACCGUUAUCAAUACCGCGGAAAUUUCUCCAAUAUCUCUCCUGAGUCCGGUCUCGGUGCUUAUCACACUGCAGAGCUCCCCUUGAUCUUUGGUACUUCCAGAAUCUAUGGAAAAGAUACAUCGUUUGAGAAGGCUGUCAGCCAUAAGAUGCAGGAUCUUUGGUUAGCUUUCGCCAAGGACCCUUCGGGCGGUCUUGCUGAGGCUGGGUGGCCCAAGUCGUCUAGCGACGAGUUCUUGCUGCUCGCCAACUCUACUAACAAUAUCGUCUCUGCUGUGUCGGCUGAUAUUGUCAUCGAUAAUUCUUGCACCAGCUAUUACUCUUCUUAUCUUGUCUGA